UAAAAGACGGAUUUAUUCUGUUACUGCAUAAUAAAUCAUUGCCGUCAGCACGUAAUCAAAGUUAAAUAAAUGAAGAUCUAACAUAACCUUUAAUUCAAGAUAAAUAUUCUAGUAUCAUAAAAACAACCUCAAAUUAGACCAAAAAGUUGUAAGUUUAUGACUGAAAAUAUUCCAAUAAGACACUGUACUAUGUAGUACACAAAUAGGAAUUGGAAUGCAAGAGGUAUUGUAACAACUGGUCUGCAGAGGGAUGUUAGGUCUCCAUUUACUGUUGUACGGCAAAGAGUAUUUUCCAGACAUCAUGACGUUGCUGCUGAAGAGCGUGUGGCAGAACGUGCUGCGAGGCGGGUCGCUCGGCCGCGCCGCUAUCAAGUCGCGGAGCUUGUCAACAACAGUAACAGAAGUAACACGCGCCAAGUCUCCAGACGCGGUGAUGUCCCGCCUAAAGACGGCGCCCACCGCUGCCGAGUUGCUGGCGGCUGUGCAGACGCACCUCAACGUGAUGACGCACAAACACAUGCUGCAGGCGCUGCGCAGCUUGUUCGAGCUGCAGAAGGCGGGCAAAAUGGACCAAGACACCCAAAGCAUUAUAAAGAACCCAGCGUUUAGCGUUCUCUGUCAGAACUUCAAAAAGCACGCGCGGGCUCUUGAAAUCAACGAGGCUAUCGAAGCGACAAAGGUGCUGUCCUACCUGAAGGUGCCCGUCGACUCGCUCAUCCUCCAGACCAUGCUGCAGCUCAUCAGAUAUAACAUCAACUUCAUCAACGUCCGCCAGAUCAUGUUCCUAGACUUUCUCCUAAAUCGAUACGACUGUAAGAACCACUUGGUAGACGCGCUAAAACUGGCACUACCCCUUGCCUUUCAAAUACGACUUCCUCUUGAAAUGGACAAUGAAGAUUUGCCUCUUUUGAGGGAUAUGCUAUCAUACUGCUGCAACCACGACCUCCCAGACCGGUGUAUCAACAACAUAGUGACAGGACUGUUGCUGCAUGACCAGCAGAUAAACGCGCAGAACGCUAAGUCGAUAAUAUGGUCGCUGUGUCAGGUGAACUGCACCGAGGAGGUGUUUCCGACUAGAGUUCAGCUGCUGCACAUAUGCUGCGAUAUCUUGACGCAGCGUGUGCACGAGCUGACUUAUGACGAUGUUCUGCGGACGGCUGCGAGGAUCAAGGGCCGCGUGCUGGAGAAGCACCCGGAGUAUUACCACGAGCAGCUGAUGGACGCGUUGGCAAACUAUGUUGUACAGAACAACAUUGACUUCGAGAGGAGCUUGCUGCUGGCCAGAGUACUGUCUAGACUCGCCCACACCCACCUAGGUUUGGUCGAGUACCUCUGCCAACUAGCCUCGUCGGACCCCACGAUACUCUCCAAAGCGCGCACCAACAUCCUCUUCGGCUUCAUCAACUGCUUGUCCAACAACAACUACAGACCCAACCCCGACCAGUGGGACGUGCUCCGAAAACAGAUCUCUCUAAACCCAGUCCUCGACGGCAAGAACUUCGCGCUGCCUUGGACGAAACUCUGCUUAGAACUGGCUUCGCUAGGUCACUACGAAGAUAGGGUGCUCGAAAGGGUGUUUUCGAAGGAGUUCUUAAAAGAUUAUUUGUCGCGGGAGAAUAAUACGCUGGAUUACCUGCAGCUGCUGACGCUGCAUGAGGCUGUGAAGUGCUUCCAUAGUCGGGAGUAUUCGCUGCCUCCUGAGACGCUGGAGAGGGCGAAGGCUCUGUACCCGGUGCACAGCUUGACGGAGCAGCUGGAGGAACAUCUAGCGAGAGGAUUAGGCGGGAGGGAGUUUGUGGCCAAGCAUGUGGUGCUGCCGAAUGGAAUAGUAGCAGAUGUAGUAACGUGUCUGAAAGGCGGGUACCCUAUGAAGCUCACAGUCCCAGCAGGGUUUGUCAAUAAAGUGCCGAUUAAAGAACUAAGCAUACCCCAAGGUGCAAUUGUCGUCUGCAUAAUGAACUUCAGCCCGGGUUGUUUUUCAAUGAACAGCAACCGCCUCCGCGGCACCUUCCGACUCAUACUCGAUAUUGUGGAGAAGUUGGGCUACGUCGCGGUGGGCGUCAACGUCCACGAGUGGAUGACUGCGCCGGCUCAUGAACGCGCGCCGUAUCUCGUGCGGGAAGUGGCUUACAAGUGCGGGGAGAUCGGCAUGAAGCUCACUGCAACUUGAACCUGUUUUGUUACCCUGUUUGGACCUGAGAUUGA